AUGAACGGGCUCGAGGUACCCUCUACUUUGAAAGAGAACGAUAAAUUGAAGUACACAUCUAUGCGACCUGGCUUGAAGGGCGUUCUCCCUCUUGAGUUUCCGCAUUGCUGCUGCUUUCCACCCACCCACCAACGUCUUUCUCCCUUCACCUUGUUUCAAGGGAAAGAUGGGUUCUGUGUCCUUCUCCUUUUGUUCAAUGCGGGGUCGAUAGCUCUAGGAGUGCUACCUUACUUCUAUGGACCGACGGACGCAUUUCAGAUCGCACAGAUAAUUGCCGCAGGAGCGGUGUUCAUUCUUGCAAUAAUUCUGCCGUGCUUCGUAGUAGCGAAGAGAGGCAACGGAGUUUAUACAGAGUCCUUCUGCUACCUCUUGAUGGCCGCUAUUGAUAUUGUUGCAUCCGUCUUCAUCACACUUCGAUGGGUAACCAACCACCAACUCUCUGACGACUACAGGAAUGUCCCACAGAAAGAUAUGGUGGUCAUCAUGGUCGUCGCUGUCUCUUGGGCAGCCGCACUCACCGGGGCCAUCGGUUUCAUCCUUUCCAUGAUCGAUGCCUGCUCCAGAGCCAUCCGUCGAGACAAGCACCGCGCAUCGUUGCCUAUCCAAACGCCUCCACGAGAACUCAGGAGUGCUCCCUUUGCACAUCCGCAUACAACAUACAUGAGACCCGGUUACUGA